CAAGCUCCACCUCCUGAGUUCACGCCAUUCUCCUGCCUCAGCCUCCCAAGUAGCUGGGACUACAGGCGCCUGCCACCACACCCGGCUAAUUUUUUGUAUUUUUAGUAGAGACGGGGUUUCACCAUGUUAGCCAGGAUGGUCUCGAUCUCCUGACCUCGUGAUGGGCCCAACUUGGCCUCCCAAAGUGAUGGGAUUACAGGUGUGAGCCACCGCGCUCGGCGCCUUCAUUUCUAAUUCUUAAUAUUGUCUCCUAAACGUGCAGAGACAAGCACACGUUUUAAAGGCUAAGGAGGCUGUAGGUAGCAGAAGGCUUUAAAAAGUAGCACCUUGCUCCUCCACUGGAUCGUUUGAGCUGAAGGGACAGCUGCUCUUUGGCUUUCAGCUGACCUCAGAAACUAGAAAUAUUUAUUUCAGGCUCUGUCCCAUUGGCCACUGUGGUCAGGGGUGGAAAGCACCUGCCAGGUGUUGCCCUGAGAUUGACUGGGCUAACAAACUUUUCCACAAGCUUUGUGGUUGAACAGUAGCCCCCUCCUAACCCUAUCUUUCCUUGGCGUCCAAACUACAGCAGGUGUCGAGUGCCCCCUGGGUGCGAAGCUCGGUAUUAGGCAAAUAAGGGUGGUUGCUCUCCAAGGCGCUUAGUUGUCACCUUCCUACUUUUUUGUUCGAGACUGCGUCUCGCUCUGUCGCCAGGCUGCAGUGGCGUGCUCAUGGUGGCUCACAGCAGCCUCGAUCUCCGGGGCUCUGGUGACCGUCCCACCUCAGCCUCCAGAGUAGCAGGGACCACAGGAGCGCGCCACCACGCCUAACUUUUUGUACUUUAUUUGCAGAGAUGGGGUUUCACGUUGCCUAGGCUGGUCUCGAAUUCGUGUGCUCAAACGAUCCGCCCGCCUCAGUCUCCCAAAGUGAUAGGAUUACAGGCGUGACAUGCCACAGUGCCCGACCAAGGCGCUUAGCUUUCACAACCACUUGUGUUGUUUUCACAACCACUUUCCUAUCACUAUCUACUGUUCCUAUUUUACAAAUGACAAAACUAACCGACAAAAGAGCGCUGGACCGUGGGAUCAGGGCACGUCCCUGUGGGGUAACCUUGAGCUGGUCGCUUGCCCAGCGCGGCAGCUGAUGUCUGAAGUGUCUUCCAGUCCCAACACUCGACCUAACUCAAGGUCACCAGUGCUCAGCUGCGGCUGGAACUGGAUCUCGAAAAUUAAAGGCCUUCUCUGCUACAGCCUUCGUUCCCGGGGGCAGAAAGAGGAAGCUGCUCAGCUGUGGGCACGCCGGCGCCUUCGCAGAGGCCCUGGGCUCGAGGUCCGGCCCGGAUGCGCAAGUUCCGGCCUGAAAUGAACUAUGGGGUCCGGGAGGGGUCGCCUUGUUCCUCCGGAAGGCUUCCCCUUCAGCCAAUCACCGUUCGAGGUCCGCCCCCCGUCCCCGGAAGGAGCCGUCGCCCCGAGCAACUACAACGUCCGGCUUUCUGAGUUGGGUGGCGGGAAAGGCGAUGAGUAAAUGCCGGGCAGAAGCUGCGGCGGGAGCCGCCGGGAUCCUCCUGAGGUACCUGCAGGAGCAGAACCGGCCCUACAGCGCCCAGGAUGUGUUCGGGAACCUGCAGCGGGAACACGGACUGGGCAAGGCGGUGGUGGUGAAGACGCUGGAGCAGCUGGCACAACAAGGCAAGAUCAAAGAGAAGAUGUACGGCAAGCAGAAAAUCUAUUUUGCGGAUCAGGACCAGUUUGACAUGGUGAGUGAUGCUGACCUUCAAGGCCUAGAUGGCAAAAUCGUGGCCCUCACUGCCAAGGUGCAGAGCUUGCAGCAGAGCUGCCGCUACAUGGAGGCUGAGCUCAAGGAAUUAUCUAGUGCCCUGACCACACCAGAGAUGCAGAAAGAAAUCCAGGAGUUAAAGAAGGAAUGUGCUGGCUACAGCGAGAGACUGAAGAACAUUAAAGCAGCUACCAAUCAUGUGACUCCAGAAGAGAAAGAGCAGGUAUACAGAGAGAGGCAGAAGUACUGUAAGGAGUGGAGGAAGAGGAAGAGGAUGGCUACAGAGCUGUCUGAUGCAAUACUUGAAGGAUACCCCAAGAGCAAGAAGCAGUUCUUUGAGGAAGUUGGGAUAGAGACGGAUGAAGAUUACAAUGUCACACUCCCAGACCCCUGAGGGGCCCGCAGUCGGGAGUGAUGGGGACUGCAGGAUGUCAGAAGAGUGAGAUGUCCUGGACUGGCUACCUUGUUUUUGGUUGGCUUUUGUUGUUGUUCCUGCUGCUUUUCACCUUUAAGCAAAGCAGUCAGGAGACGGGCAUAAACCAGAGCACUGGGUGGAGGAUGAGGGCUGCUGGCUGGGGUAGACCCAGCCCAUUUCAUUGUCUAAAUUGCAGUAGCUUGAGGUUAACAUUUAGACUUGGAACAAUGCUAAAGGAAAGCAUUUGGCAACAUUUAUUGUAAUUUAAUUUGAUAUAAAAAUAUUUAAUUUCCUCUGGAUAGUCAAACCUGCCAGAUACCAAACCUGAGGAAGGCAGACGUGAACCUGGAGAACUAAGGCAGAGAGAGGUUGCUAUAAAAUGAGCAUUUGGAGGGCCCACAGCUUCACUCAGGACCUACUGGGCUUGUGUACCCCAGGAGACCUUUCGAGUAUCUUUUGUACUCUUUCACCCCACCCCCAAGUCCUAGGAGAAACGCAGGCAACACUGAGACAUGGGAGAGGCCAAGAUAUGCUAGACAGAAAGGCUGGGGGUGAUUUUGAGGCCCACUUAAUAUUUCAACAUUGUAACCGUAGCAAAAUUCCAUUGGUAUUUAGGAAAAUAAAAAAUUUCCAGUAUGUACUGCUGUAUUACACCUGCCUCUGCAGCAUCACAGCCCGUGGGAACCAGGAGGGCUUCCCUUACCACCCAGAGCAGAGGAGGAAGGUGAUGGAUUAUGAAGCGAGGGGAGGAACCUGGUGGCUCCUCCCUAAGAUGGCCAGAAAGCCCUUGGCCUCACCUGGGACUGACCAGGCAGCCCUAGUCUAGGCACAAGGUGCCCUUUCACCCUUCGUGGCGGUGGGAAUAUUUCCUCUUACUCUUUUUCUCCCAUACAGCUACUGCCAAAAUGCCCAAAUGUGGGCCAAAUGUUGCCCAAGAGACCAAAACAGAGAAAAAAGUUUCCAAAUCUGUGUAGAUUAUGAGUAGAAAUCUGAGGCUUGAAGAAAGGGCUGAGAGGGCAGGAGCUCUUUGGGGUGUCCAGAGCAGACACCCAUCCCAAGGACUUCCAUGGAGUGGGGGAUAGGCUGGUUAGGUCUAGUUUUAUCGUCAAUAUAAUAAAUUAAUCAGAAGCUUUCACAAAACACCGCAGCUCCACUGAAGAUAAAAUGGGGCUGGGAAAACCAAACACCAAGUAGAAACCAGCUGAGCAGUGUGAGGUGUUGUAGUCCAAUCUCACGGGCCCAGCAGUUCAGUGGCCAAGUAGAGAUUCAAGGGCCUCUUGUUGGCUGUUCUGCAGGUUUCCAAGAACUGGUCAGUAAAGCUGGUUUUUCAAUUGGUGCAGGACGCCAAUCACAAUCUCCCGCAGGGUCUGGCGAGGGCAGCAGAGGAAGAAAUAGACAAUGCCCAGGUCAGUGCAGAGUAGUUUCAAAGAUGCCCGCCUAGAUGAGCCACAUAUUUUAGAAAAGUGCAUUAAAAAUAGCCCCUGGGGGCCAGGUGUGGUGGCUAAUGCCUAUAAUCCCAGCACUUUGGGAGGCCAAGGCGGGUGGAUUACCUGAGGUUCAAGACCAGCCUGGCCAACACAGUGAAACCCCGUGUCUACUAAAAAUACAAAAAUUAGGUAUGGUGGCGCAUGCCUGUAAUUCCAGCUAUUCAAGAGGCUGAGGUACGAGAAUUGCCUGAACCCAGGAGGUGGAGGUUGCAGUGAUCUGAGAUCAUACCACUGCACUCCAGCCUCGGUGACAGAGUGAGACUCUGUCUCAAAAAAAAAAAAAAGGCCCCCAGGAAGUACUGAUGUCUGUCUGCAGUUUACUUGAGGUGCUCCUGAAGCAGGAUGGAGACAUGGAAAUACAGUAAAAUGUUUUGGUAAAAUUUAGGUACUGGGUAUACGAGUGUUCACUGUGAAGUCCUCUUAACAUUGCAAUAUGUUUAAUGUGUUUCACAAUAAAACUGUUGGGAAACGAG